AUGGAAGCACUUCACAUCAAACCAAGGAUGAGUACCCAAGCUUCAUCAACUUCGUCCGGUUCUGCUUCGGGUGCAGUGUAGACUUCAGAGGAUGGGAUCUACAGCGACAAAGUUGAGCCUGCUUUUGACUUGGUGAAGGAUAUGCUGCGACAUUCAUAUACAGGAGCAAAGUCAGGACUACUCGUGGUCCAAGAAAAGAAUGUUGAAUUGGAUAUUGGUAAUACAGGCAAGGCUACUAUUACUGUCAAUGCGGAUGGUAGUAAAUCCAAAUCCAUAUCGACAACAGGUAAACACUCAAAGGGUUCAGUUUCUAAUACCGGUGGCGGCGGUGGUCUUGAGGUGAAAGGGAAAGAGGGGCCGAAGUUUAAGGAUCCAUAUCGACAACAGGUAAACACUCAAAGGGUUCAGUUUCUAAUACCGGUGGCGGCGGUGGUCUUGAGGUGA